AUGGAAGAAACAAAGAAGACUUCCAAGAGUAAGCAGAAGCCUAUAAAGACCGAGUGGAAUUCCCGGUGUGUCCUUUUCACCUAUUUCCAAGGGGACAUAAGCAGCGUCGUGGAUGAGCACUUUUCCAGAGCUCUGAGCAACAUCAAAAGCCCCCAGAGAUUGAGCCCCUCGGGCCAGAGCCAAGAUGUGACCAUGAGGAAUGAUAGUGACAUGUCUCCAAAUCAAUGGCGUUCAUCUUCUCAGUGGAGAAAACCACAACCAGAAGGCUCUCCUACAAAUAGUGCAGCCAGCUGCAGCUUGAAUGUGUCCGGUCCCAUGGCUAUGGAUCCGUACCCACUGUCCCUGACUGGGAGUCCCUCUGCACAGCCUGGAGAGCUGUGGCAUUUCUCCUCCCUAGCCAGUCCCAGCUCCCCAGAGCCUGGCUACUCUCAUGCCUUCCCCAGUGGCUCCCUGGUUCCAGAGCCCAAGCCUGAUGGGAAAUGCGAGCCCCUUGUAAGUCUCCUCCAGCAAGAAAGAUGCCUAGCCUGUCCUCAGGAACCUGCCACCAGGGAGGACCACAACUCUGCCCAGAUAGCUGGAAGAUCAGGAUUGCUCCUUGACCUGCCUCCCGACUCUGCCCACUAUAAGAAAAUCCAUUUCUCCCCAAGUCAUGGAGGGGCCAGUGCUAACCUUGCAAAUGAAACUCUUGCCCAGUUAGUGACAUCUGGGGAAUAUUCCUUUUUUUCAGCUCAGAACCCUUGGGGCCACCCACAUGGAUACUGGCAGCACCUUUAG